AUGUAAAAAAGAGAAUAAGACUCCUUAAGGAUGUGCUGUACCAAAACAUCUUAGAAAAGUUUAAUCAAAAUUAAAGAACAAAUAUAAUAAUGUAAGGAACAAUAACGAUCUAAUCACACCUAAAAAGAAGAUGAAUCAACAAUUAACAUAGAGAAUAGUUAAUUGAAUCCAUUUAAUAAUACUCCUUAAUAUAAUUUGUUUUAGCCUUGCUAGUCUAUUCAUUUGGAAUGUGGAUAAGUAUGUAGUUCAAAACAACAUUAAAAUCAAUUAUAAGAUUCAAAUACUAGUAUAAAAAGAAAAUUAUUUAACAUUGACGAAAUUACAUUAUCUUUUUCAAAUUCCUCCUUCCUCAAAGUCAAAAUCGGCAUCUUAAUCAUCAGCAUACAGCAAUUUCUCAUUAUUCAAUCCAAACAAUGA